CCGAUUCUGCCGUGUCAAACUAUCAAGGUAGCAUUGCUGCACCCAGCUCGACCCGGGUGCUGCCUGCCCAGGACUCGGGAAUGCGCCCGGUGUUGGAGACCACAACAAUAUGGGACCACUUAGAGCAUCUGCUCAGGCUCUCAAAAUGUGGUGGCAACCCCAUUAGACGUCGACAGGGACUCCUCGUUGACUCUCCGUUCUUACUCUGACAGUGUUGGGCCUGUGACUGUGCUUGAUUACAUUAUCUCAGACUCGGGCGCCUCCCUAUCGCUAGCAUAGUCAGAGCUACUGUCAGCUACCCGCCGCAGCACCACCUUCGAUGGCGCCACCAACAAUACGACAGCCGAACCAGCCAUUGCAAUGUGUCAUCGACAACUGGCAACUCGAGUCGUCUUUCUUCGGGAAGUUACCAGCAGAAAUCCGGCAGCUAAUCUACAAGGAGUGCUGGCUAGCUUCUGGCCCCCAACAACACAUCUUCCUGCGCCAAGGUCAGCACUCUACACAUGCGAGUGAGGCUGAUGGAAGUGGCAAGACCAGCUCAUACCUUACGCACUUUCCUUGCUGCAAGACUUCCGAAGAUGACGAGGAGAUCCUUGCUGAGCAUGAUCACAUUGUUGAGGCUAAGAGGCAGUCAAGAUCUCGCAGCUCCGCAUACUUCGUCGAUGAGGUGUGGUCAUCGAGAUUCAAUUCACCAUGGCUUGAUCACUGGAGAUGUGAGGAGGCAAUGAUGGAGGAGAGCCUGUUGCGCGAGUUUGAGCACAGCAGUGGUGUCAAGGCGAGGCAGAGGACAUUGUUCAUGCCGUUUCUUCUCUGCUGUCGGCGCAUGUACCAUGAAGCAUUAGCGAGCAUCUACGCAAGCACGACGUUCAUAUAUACGGACCUGGCAGCCGCGCAUCGCGCGCUUGUCUCGCUGUCUUCUCCUACAGCGCCUCUGGUGCAGUCACUGGGUUUCUCCUUGGCUCUUCCCUACGACAUCUUGCAUCAACACCGAUACUAUUCCUCGCCUGGUGCUCAGACUGGACCGUGGGCAGAGUUGUGCGUGGCGCUCUCCAACAUGGCCCGUUUCAGUGCCUUGAAGUCCGCAGUCAUACGCCUCGAUCUCGCUGGCGGGGACACGAGAGCUACUGGAUUGACCUCUGUCGUAUCGAGCCACAGCAACAACACUAGCAGCCCUUCACCGGGAGCUCUUCCAAGCCGACGUUCAUCGCUUGCCUCUCUUGACAAUACCCCAGUUAUCGAGCACGAGGACCGAAUGUGGUGGCAGGUCCGCGAGCGCUGGAUCUUGAGUCCUAUCAGGGGUAUGCUGGCGCGCCGGCUGACGGUGCAUCUUCCCGAGAGGCGCAGACGGAUAGGUCCUGUUGGGAACAGGAGGGGCGCCAUUCUCCCAACAACAAACUCCUCGCCGCCAUCAUCGCCAUUGACAUCAUCAUCCACGCCGGCCUCUGUACACUCGUCCAGGGCAGACAACGGCGUUUCUGUCAGAGACUCCGGGGUGGAUCAGGAUGACAGUCCUGAAUGGAUGUGGCCAUACCAGUACCGCGAGGGUGAUGCGACCCCAUUCAUUCUGCAGCGUUAUCGGCGAUGCCGUCUACCUCGUGGUGGUGUCGUCAUUAACAGGAGUUGCUCCGGGUCUGGCCCGCCUAGUCCCAGAAGCCUUCUGAGGUCGUGGUCUUCAGCAAGCAGUACAGACGGGUCCUCAGGUCCGAGUAGCCCCGUGCGCAACGCUCAUGCAGGCAAGCCCGGUCCCGGCAAGGGAGAUGCGGCGGCGACCAAGACGGUGCAAAGGGCAUUGAACGCGUUGAUAAAGGGGCGAUCGAAAGAAUGACGUUGUGGUGGUGAAACAGAAAGUGCCGGCUUCUGGAAGCAAACAAACAAUAUGAUACCCCAUGAUGAUGAGCAGACAACACUUUCAAUGUAUAUAUUUAUUUCUCCUAUACCAAGAAGAGCGAGCAACAUGUCUCGUCGCGCGGGCUCUCGGCUCCAAA